GGCGUGUCCUCGUGCGCCUUCGAAAUGUUAGACACAGCGACCUUAUCUGACCCGCUAACAUCUAACUACGUAGCCCGUUCAUGGACCUAAUGUUAAUGCUAAUUAAACAAAGUUCUAAAUGUUUUAAAUAUUCAUACUCGAUAGACGGCAAAAUCUUAUAUUGUAAUUACAUUUUCAUAUAGGUCACGACUUUGGCUAUUAGACUGUGCUAUUAUUGGCCUAGAUAUUGAACGGACAGACUGAUUUCAAAUGGCCGCUCCAAAGAGUAAGAAGUGGAGUGUGUAUAAAGAAGGUAAAACGAAGAAAGCGGGAUACGCGAAGUUCACAGACCACCAGGACUCCCUCACUUUCUCGAAUGGUGUUGAAAAACGCCAUGGGUUGGACUACUCUCCCGAGCCAGUUGGAGGAAGAAAACGUUCUUCUGAAAAUGACCAAUUAGACAUGGAAGAUAUAUCAGAGGGAACAGAUGUGACCACCAUGCUCGACAGAUUUGGUGCUGAUAUAAACAAAGCUAUCAUUACAAAAAGAAAGCGCCUUGAAUUGUUCACCAAAUCUUCUCUCAAGUCCAGCCACCAGGCAAUUGAGCAGAUGUGGAAAACACAGCAAAAUGACAGAGUGAAACUGACAGACGACUACAGCACUCAGUUCAAUACCGUGUUUCAGCAGUGGGACAGCGAUGUGCAGAAAUCCAAGGAUCAAGAUGAGAAACUAGCAACCUUGUUCAGGCAGCAGCAGAAAAUGUUUCAACUAAUGAGGACUUCACAAGUCCAGAGGCUGAAGUCUAUCAAGCAGCUCUUGGACCAGUACAUUCGAAAACUGGAGGAGUUACAGAAGAGCCACUCUGGUCACCACACUACAUUGCAGACUGAACUACGACAAGAGAUGAACCUCCUGCAAAAGAAGCUUCUCAUGGAUACAUUUGAACCACCAGGACUCUUCCUUGAGUUGACCACCCGGGCAAGAAGGGCCUUGCUCAGGGAGGAGGCCAAGAACCAAAUGGUCACUCUGAAAGAGCUUCAGAAGUCCUCUGCAGAGAUGGGAGAACCUGCCGGAAGGAUGAACAUCUCAGCAGCACUCCAUCAAUCAGGCCUUUAUGGUAGAGCGGCUAGAUGGAAACCACUCUUGAGUAAAAGGCAUAUGACAGCAUUUAAAGAACUCUGAGAGCAAGACGAUAAAGACACAAAUUGAACUCUUUGGGCAGAACUCCAAGCACUAUGUCUGGCAAAUGCCAGGCACUGCUCAUCACCUGGCUAAUACCAUCCCGCAAUGUCAGACCGGGGCUACGGUUCAAAGUCUCUUGACUGUCCUUGAGGUAUACGAGAGCUUUCAGUAUUGAGUCUUGAUUCUCGGCUUGUGAUUGCCUUUGGAGCCUGUUAUUGGUGUAUGUCAACUUUAGAACCAGGAUUGUGCCAAUGAAAGCCAAGGAAGCCAUUAGAAAUUAGAAAACAUAGCCCAACCCUGAAUCUUACCAAAACCAGCUUUUUGGAACAGUACGGGAGCACUGGUGAACUUGGUAGUAGCAAAGGGCCUAGUAGGCCUAGAAGGAUCUCUACAGUUCAUGGCCAAAUAAUUCUCACCAUAAUGGAGAAAAACCCCCAUCUGACAGGUGUGGCAGGCGUGGAUAUGUCAGUGAUUACUGUCUGCAGAAGACUUCAUGAACACAACUACAGAGGCUACACUGCAAGCUGCAAACCCCUAGUUGGCUGCAUAAACAGGAUGGCCACGUCACAGUUAAGAAGUACCUAAAAAAGUCUGCAGAGUUCUGGAUAAAAGGCCAUGUGGACGGACCAAGAUUCACUUGAUCAGAGAGAUGGUGAGAGUGUGGAGGCCAAAGCAAACUGCACAAAGCUUCUUGGGAAACGUGGUGGGUGCAUUACAGUUUUGGCAUUCAUGGCUGCCACAGGUAUUGGCUCACUUCAUAUUUCUGAUGUAACUGCUGAUAGCAGCAGCAUAAUUAAUUCUGAAGUGAACUGCUCAGGUUUAGCAAAAUGCCUCCAAACACAUUGGACCGCGCUUCAUCCUACAGAGAAUAGUCCCAAAGCAACAAAGGAGUUUUUCAAAGCCAAAAACAGGAAAAUUCUUCACUGGCCAAGUCAGUCACCUGAUCUGAAUCCAAAUGAACAAUCCAAUUGAACAUGCAUUUUGCAUGCUUCAGAGGAACCUAAAAGCAACUAGCCCCUGAACCGAGCAGGAGCCAGAGAUGGCUGGCAGUAGAGGCCCAGCAGAGCAUCACAGACUUUGAGCGGUCAUCACACGCAAAGGAUAUAAAGGACUAAACAGGACGACUGUAAUGUACAUAACAUUAAUAUGCCACAACCAUAAUGAUGCCCUGAAAUGGGGGGGCGAAACUUCUUUUUUUGUUCCAGACAUAAAUGGAGCUCAUUUCAAAAUUUCAUACAUUUAAAAAAAAAAUGUCCCCCCUUAUUUUUGCCAAACAAUAAUGUCACACAAAUUA